GAAGGGUUAGCGGCGCCUUCCGCUGCCCUUCAGAAAGGCUCCACGUGGAUCUCUCGCUCUCUGGUUUGCCUGCCUUGAGCCUUCCCGUGGGGAAGGCCCACCCCUCGGCCACGCCUCCCGCUCGGGCGGGGCCGACGGGAGACCACCUCACCCCGUCUCUCCUGGCCCCGGCCCUGGCCCUGCGGACCCGAGGGGAAGCUGCCCGCGAAUCCCGCUGCGCCUUCGCCAUGCUCCCUCGGUCUCGCCGCGCGUGGGGCCCCUUCUGCCUCGGCCUCCUCCUCUUCCUCCUCUUGGGCUGCGGGGCGCAGCAGCAGGAAGAGGAAAACACCAGCGAAACUCCGCUCCGGACGCUGCAGCUGGAAACCCUGGUCGCGGCCCCCGAAGGCUGCACGGAGCGCGCGGCGGUGGGCGACACGAUCCAGAUCCACUACACGGGUACCCUUGAAGAUGGCCGCAUCAUUGAUACCUCACUCUCCCGUGACCCAUUGGUGGUUGAGCUGGGCAAAAGGCAAGUCAUCCCAGGCUUGGAACAAGCUCUUUUGGACAUGUGUGUUGGAGAGAAACGAAGAGUCAUAAUUCCUCCUCAGUUAGCAUAUGGCAAGCGAGGCUCUCCACCUGCUGUCCCAGCUGAUGCUGUGCUGCAGUUUGAGGUGGAGGCAGUUGGACUCUCCAGAGCCAACUACUGGCAGAAGAUGUCCAACGAUGUGCUGCCCCUGGUCUGCAUUGGGCUCGUCCCAGCCCUUCUUGGACUCAUUGGCUAUUACCUAUACAAGAAGGCACAGGCACCCCGUGUGUCCAAAAAGAAACUCAAGGAAGAGAAAAGAAACAAAGCCAAGAAGAAAUAAAGUUCCUUUUCUCCUUUUUCAA